UAUACGGAAGUGUCCAUACCCUGGAUAUCAUUAAAAUUUGGAACUUAAAACUUGGACGUGGAAUAGUGAGUGAGAGAAAUGGUUCAGAAAGUUGUUUGAAGCAUUAAAAGUAAGGUGCAAAAGUUUGGUUAUUCGUCACUCUCAUUUGCAAGGUAAUUCCUGAUAAAAUCUCCGUGAGACGCUUGACAGAUCGUACCGAUGGACGACAUCGCAAACUCGCGAGGACGAGAGAUUUUCAGUACUGGUAGUAAAUUUCGGAACGCAGCCCUUGUGUUGCCCGAUCACAGCAAUAGUGUUGCGUGCUCCAAUGUAAACAUGACAUCAAUAGACUCUGGAGUGGAGACCGGGAAUGAUUCGAAUGAUAGCUCGAUCGUCCAACAAGACGGUCAGCAGCAGCAGCAAAUUGCUGUUGGCCAGGUCAUAAACAACGACGUCACAGCUGUAAACACCGAUUCCAGUGGAGAAUUUUCAAAAUUGGCCACAUAUGACUGGACUAGUUUACGGCUACCCUUGCCUCGUCCUUGGCUCCAAGAUGAAGCCAAGUGGAGCUCGUCCGAUGUCAUGCUGUUGCCAAAGAGGACCCUAUUUAAAAUCAACACAUCAGAGAUGUUGGAAAUGAUAGGAAUACGGAAUACACAUAAGACCAGUGAGUUAUUAAAAGCUCAUGAUCCUUACCGUUCUAAAAUAAGAGGACACCUACGUCCAUGGCGCAAAGGUACAAAUCAAGUUCUUCUUUCCUUUACUGAUUGGCAAACUUGUAACAUGCAUCGAAGAAUGCGAUUGGCUGCUACUACAAAUAAUGUAGCUUUAGUGAAACAUCUUUUGGAUCUUGGAGUAUCACCUAACAAUCAUGAUGAUCAUGGGCGAACACCUCUUCAUAUUGCAGCUUGCAGGGGUUAUACAGAAAUAGUUCGUUUAUUGUUGGAGUAUGGUGCAGAUCCGAAUCAACGUGACUGUGUUGGAAAUACACCACUACAUCUGGGCACAGUUAAUGGCAAACUAUCGGUAGUAACGCUACUUUUAACAGCUGGUACUGACGUUCUCGCAAUAGAUUCAUAUGGUUACAAUCCACUACAAUUAGCGAAAACAAAAUUGAGGCUAUUACAACAACACUGUAAUGGAGAUUUGCUUAAGGCCAAGGAGGAGAUGCAUAAUGUAAUUAAUAUGUUAAUGGCAUAUCUACAAAAGCAAAAGAAUAUGCAAGAACAGGUAGAAACACUGAGCAAUUUCUGUUCGCGUCUUUCAUUAUCCAAUACCACGGAUCAGGUUCAAGAUGAUGUUAAAGAUUUAUUAGAAAAUAUAGAUGCUCUCAAUAUAACUGAUUAAUCAUGAUGAAUAAAAUAUGGUUUGUAAUAUUAUAAACACUGGUAUAAUUUUCACUGAAAUCCUCAAUUUAAUUCGAUGGAUCAAAUUUAGUGUACUGUUUUCAUUGGAGUAAAAAUGGAUCGAAACAGGAGUGAAAUGAGUAUAGUCAAACAUACUUCUAUUAAAUUAGUGAAUAAUUGAAGGCCAUAAACGAGCUAAAAUGGUUGUGCGAAUUAUUUAAAUGAUUUAUUAUAAUCUUACAAUUAAGUAAUUACAGAACGUUUUGGUCCAACUUGACUUUCUUCAGCCGCACAUUAAUUUAUUUUAAUUACAGACGUGAGAAUUCGCACGGUUUUGAACGCAUGUCAUAAAUCUAAUUUCUCAAUUUACAAAAAGAUACGGAGCUACUUAAUGAAUCUUAUUUUGAUUUCCUUGACAAGCUGGUCAGAAGAGAUUAAGUCCACAGCGUAAGACAUAGAGGCGGUGAUUUUUUGUUUUGUAUUCUGAACUGCUCCGCGAUCAGUUCGUUAUAUUCAGUCACGAAACAAACACAUAAACAAGUACAGUACUCAUCCACUGUAACAUAUUUGUAAGUAGUUUAAAUUAUUCGGUAUUUAUUCACUUUAUUAGUUAUUUUGUACAAGUGUUUUAUUUUAUUAACUAUUUAUUCCAUUAUUUAUUCAAUUUAUAUAGUUACUAGAUUCAAUUUACUUCUUUUUCAAUAUAGAAACACGACAUCCCGAAAUGAUGUCGCAUAAUAAAGAAUUUACAUGGACUAAUCACUUAUUAAUAAUCAAUCGUGCAGGGACUUAAACUGUUCUCGCGGAGCAACGAAGAAUCAGCUAUGUACACUCUCAUCACAUAAUGAUAUAACGGGUGGUUUUUUGACAUGCGUUCAAAACCGAAUUCUCACGUAAUUCUCUGUAAUUAGAAUAAAUUAAUGUACGACUGAAGAAGGUCAAGUUAGACCGAACCGUUCCGUAAUUACUUAAUUAUAAAAUUAUAAUAAAUUAUUUAAAUAACUCGCACAACCAUUUUAGCUCGUUCAUGGCCUUCAAUUAUUCACUGAUUUAAUAACACAAGCGUGACACCAUUGUUUGUUAUUUCUAUUAAUUUUAUAUUUUAUUUUAUGUUACAUUAAGUGUGAAUUAAUGUUUCGGUGAAAAAUAGACCACUGUUCGUAAAUAUAGUAACAUUUUUAUUAGAAACUAAAGAAACAUGUGUCUAUGUAUAUUAUACUUUUAUGCAUGCAAUUAUACAUAGUCAUUAUGCUGCAAUUUAUUAGAAAAUAUAAUUACUUUUUCAAGAAUUUUAUCACAAUAUUUUCUUAUAAAAAUUUAAUUAUGUUGGAAAUUUAGAUCUAAAAUAAGUUUAAUUUUAAUAUGCAUUUUAAAAAUAUUAAUCUCCUGAGGACCGGCAAGUUUAGACGACUUUUACAAUAAAAUCAUACAAUGAAUGGGAUAGGGAAUAGAGAACAGGGAACGGUUUAAUAUGUUGAACAAAGAAUGCUUUGUAUAUUUCAUCUUUAUUUAACAUAUUGAACUGUUUCUUCUUCCCUAUUGCUAUUGCCUGCUCUUUUCAUUAUGCAUUAAAUUUUACAGUUUUAAACUUAAAAUUUUGUUGACUAUGUCAUUGCAAUGAUCAAUGAAAAAGGUAACGCCGGUCCAGAACUGAUAUAUCGGUUUCCGGUUCGGAAGGAUAUAAACAUUUCUUUUCCAUAUUUGAGCUUUAUAUUAUUAUACAGGAUGUCCCAGACCUUGCAUGACAUCCGUUAAUGGCAAACUCCCGAGAUCAUUUUGAGACAAAAAUCUUGGUAUCAAAAUGUAUGGCACAUUGUACAGUAGUGAAUAGGUAUUCUAAGAUAUUCCUAAGUAUAAUACUCAUUUUUCAUAUUGAUUUUGCUUAUAUCAUCAUGAUACGAUGUAUCUAAACGAAAAUUUUGUACAGUUUAAUUUGCCAACUUUAAAAUUUUUUAAUUUAAAAACUACUAUAGUCUCAACAUUUUAAUACUGGGAUAAGAUUUUUUGUCUCUAAAUGAUCUCAGGAGUCUGCUAUUAACGUAUCACGUGAGGUUUGGAUCUUAUAUAUUUCUAGAAUAAGUAUUUAAUAACAUUUGUAGUAAAAAAAUUUUAUAAAAAGCAAUUGUAAAAACAUACUAAAAUUUAGGAUAUAGUAAAGUAAUUAAAGAACAUUAUAUGAAGUUCAGCAAUUUAUUUCGUAAUAAAUUUAUAAGUGUACAUGAAUGCUAAAUAAAUAAUGAAAUUUA